UCUUUGCUGCGUUCUACAGGCAUAGUGUGCUGCAUUGUCUGUUUAAUUUAAGACUUAUUCCCUGGAAAUCGCUAGCCAUUUGCACAUUCAGCCACCUUCAACUAGCGUUUCAGCAGCGCGCUUAUAAACACCAUCAGCCACGGCACAGCACAACACUCACAUCCACAUGGAGGCUCACGCUGAGGCCAUCAAGCGCAGGUGCAAGCUUCGCGUGAACUUUGUUGGUGUUGACGAGUACGACCACGAAGACCGAACACAGCCGUACCGCAAGCUCAUCUAUAUCGCCAACUCGACGGAUCAGGUCGGUGACGUGCGCAAGGGGAUCAACACACUAUUUGCAAAACUCUAUCCAGAUGACGGGCAUCAGGAUGUAGCCAUGCUACGCGACUCGAUGAUGUGCGAUGUGGCUGACGAUUUCAUGGUCUCGGAUGUGUUCGACGAGAGCCCCGUGGUGUACGCCGCAAUGCGCGGACUAGAAAUCCUUGAGGUUCCUAACGCGGAAUCGACAGCUGCGCCACCCACUGCAGGUAGGCAGAAACGCAAGCGGUAUACACUCACUCCAGCAGACAUCACAAACCAUAUUGCUGGCCGCAGCGACAGCCUGGAUAUCUCGAAGCACCCGCGUUUCGAUGGCAUCAACGGGCACGGACUUGCAGCGCCGCAUAGUCCCGAACACACGCCGUCCAUGACAGGCCCUGACUUACAAAGCACUAUGGAUGUACACGACGACAACCUCUAUGUUGGCGAGCGUCAGGAUCGGCCCAAUGGUGCAAGUGUGCUCAGGAGUCGCUUUGGCUCCAGCCCAGAGCUCUGGAGCAACAUCGACAUUAUCCACCAUGCGCCAGCCAUCAGCCACUCGAGCAGCAAUCCGUUUUCGCCAGAAGCUAGUGGGCCCAAGGUCAAUGAGCCAGAGCAUGAGCCAGAGGCUGCUCCAUCUGAGGAUACUGCAGCUGCUACAUAUGCACCAACUGACAAGGAAGCAUCGCCAGUCCGGGAAAUUCUUGCCACUGAGCUUCCGCCUGUGCCGACGCAGGACCUUAGAGCCGAAGAAGUAGGUAUCGGUGGUAUUGGAUCGCCAUCGCUAUUCACACGUCGUCCAGCCAAGCGUAAGAGCGGAUGGGACCCCUCUUCCAGCCCGGACCUGAACGGUCUGGCCGCCAGUGUCCGCCAGGAGCAGCUAUCCCCCUUUGUACUUGAUACAUCCGAGCCUGUAGCUAUCGCCAAGGCUAGUGUUUCAGAUAGUCAGGAACCUCCUACAAAGCGUGGCCGUAUUGAUGCUGAGAAUCCUGAGAAGGCACUCAUCGAGAAGGAGCCAGAUGUGGCUGAUGAGGCCGAGCCAGAGGCCGAAUCAGAGAAGGAACCCGAGCCAGAAUCGGCGCACGAGCCCAGCAGCGAAGACGAGGGAACAAUUGCUACCAGGCUGCGCAGGCGACGUGUGGACUAUGCGUCACUGAUCAAGGGCAAAAAUACCACAGAGCCAACUGGGCCGGCAACUCGUGGCCGCAGUCAUUCUAGAAAGCAGGUGUCUGCCGAGCCGAUCAGCCCGCCUGCGCGCGGUCGCGGUCGCGGUCGUGGUGGUACUAGGAAGCAAAGCGCCGCUAGUUCAAUUAGCCCGGCAACUCGUGGCCGAGGCCGCCCCAGGAGGCAGUCAUCCAAAGCAACUGUAGAUACCGAUAACAGCGAUAACGAAGUGCCAGAGACAGCCCCUGUGCAACGGGAGCGCAGAGGAGCUGCUGGUAAGUCGUAUACCGAGUGGCCGACAGAUCUUGAGGAGGAGAGUACAGAAAGCGCCGAUGGUGGCGAAUCUGACACGUCAAAUGCUGAUGAGGCCCCAGCUGUCGAAAAGAUUAUUGAGAACGAACUCGAGUCGGCGGCAGCCAUCGACGAAGGUGCUGCAUCGACUGCAACUGCAGUUCCUGCUGAGGAACCUGCCGCUGUGCCUGCCACACCCGUUGAAUCUGGCGAAUCUACCAGGUCUGCUGGACCGUCAGGAUCUGAUGAGCCUGUUGAACUCACAGAGAUUGUCGUCUCCGCCGUUUCCAAGGACAGCGCAAUGGAAGCAGUGCCUGAGGUUGAGGAGAUGGCAAUAGAUCCUGUAUCCAAAGCCAGAAGCCAUCGUGGCUGGCAUUACCGCUGAUACAAUCGAAUCCGCUGAGGAGCCAGUGGAAGAUAAAGCUGCGUCGGACACUUCUGAAUCCGAAGAGAGCGAAGAGGUGGGACGCAGGCGAACCAGAUGAGCCAGUCACUACGGUUGUUACCGGAGAUAUUACUGUCAACACAGAACCAGAGCCCGAAGUGGAGGCAGCCGAAGAGGCUCCUGAGCCAGCGGCUGAGGUGGUCACCGAGCCAGUAAGAUCUGCGGAG